AUGGUGUACCCCGCUGCCGCGCCAGAUAGUAACUCAAACUGGCAUGAGCAGAACUCUCAGUUGUCUAGUACAAAUAUAACGAGGCAGUCAGAAGGCAUAUAUCGCUGUGACGCAGUAAACAAGGCUGGAGCCACACACAUAGUGUACAGGGUGACUAUAGUCGCCCGGUCUGAGAUCCAAGAUAUUGUAGCGUUCACCAACGGGGAAGGUGUCACGGUUGAAGGGAGCGUGGAAGUUGUGCAAGGAUCACGUUUACGUGUCACGUGCAAAGCUGCAGGGAAUCCGAUCCCCGAUAUACAAUGGAUACAUCAAGGGCUCGUAGUCAGUGAGAAUUCAUACGACAUCGACUAUGCAGAUUUGAUACUUAAUGACGUGCAAUUGGCUCAAAGUGGUGUCUAUACUUGCGUGGCCAGUAACGAAGGUGGUACUCACGAGAAGAAGAUCAAAAUUGAUGUACUUGAGCCACCAAAAAUAUUCCAAGAAUUAUUCCAAAAUGCAAACGUAACAUCGAAUGAAGUUCACCUAGAAGUAAUAUCGGGCCAAUCGUUCUACCUCCACUGCCAUCCUUAUGGAAACCCACAGCCAGAAAUCUACUGGUUCAAAGACGAUUUACCAUUAAAGUUUUUUGAUGAUGCUAUGGUUUCUACGGACUUCGGAGAAGUGGUUGUAGCAAAGAAAGCGGUACAGGAACAGUCGGGAAAUUACACUUGUGUCGCUAGAAAUAAGGUCGGAAAUACAAGCGUGGUUUAUUUGGUCGAUGUUUUGGGCAAUUUCGCUGUGGAAUGCGCUUCCCCUGGAUGCUAG